UGUUCCUCUCGCUCCAGCAGCGGCCGAGGCUCGGUCAGAACCGGGGGGAGAGAAGCUGAUGGAUCCAAUAUGGCUGUCCUGAUGGCCCUCAGGAGAGAGUGAGAGAGGCCGAGACGGCAAAGCCCGGCCCUGAGCAGGAGGGGGAAGGUGGGGAGGGGGGCUCGAGCCCUGUCUUGGGAGGGGUAGAAGCCCAGGGGCCAGAAGGCUGGAAGCGGAGCAGCCCCCGGGGUUGGCCAGCCCACCCUUCCCUCGCCUGCCUGAAGAAGGCAGAGGGGCCACAGAAAAGGAAUUCUGAACUGGUGGAGGAAAGGGAGCGGCAAAUACUCCCCUUCACCGAAAAGUUCAUCCUCCUCCCUUAAGCCUGCCUGAGGAAAUUGCGGGGCGCUAGAGGCAGAAUAGGAGAGGGGCCAGUCACUUCCCUCCCCCACCACCACUUUGGAAGGCCACCCCCUACGGUUAAGAGAAGAGGAGAUGCAAUUGGUGGGGGAAGGACAGCCCCUUUCUCUUUAAAAGUUAUUUCUUGUCUGCUUUAUGGAGGGGCAGGGUUGUCAAGCAUAAAGAUCAGACAGUUUGGAAAAGGAACGGGCUAGUGUGUGUGUUGAGGGGUGCUGUUUGCUCUGGACCCUUCUUGGGAAAGCAUUAGAGUGUAAGAGCCUGUAAGGAGUGGGCAGGCAGGAAAGGGAUUGUGGAAUCUGGGACAAAUCCCAAGGAAACCCUGCACACUCUGUGCGUGUGGUUUUCCUCACACUUGUGAUAAUUAAUCUUGUCAGUCUUGAUUUUUUGUUCGUAUUAAGCAGAAGGGAGGGCAAAAGAAGGAAGAGUAAGGUAGCAGGAAUAGAGGAGGUGGAGGUGGCAUUGCAUGGGCAGUAGCUUAUAAUUACAAGCCUUAAAAUGCUGCAUUCUGAAAUCUGCGCGUUCCUCUCCAUGUUUCAAACAAACCAGUCUAACAUCCCAGUUGCUUGCAUGUUUACUUGGAAGUGAGUCCCACUGUAUUCAGUGGUGCUUACACCCUGGUAAGUGUAUAUAGGACAGCAGCCUAGCGUUUCCUUGCGACUGAAUGGGAGAAUGAAGAAAAUAGGAUGUAAAGUGAAGUGGGCUAGAGAUUUUGUACAUUCACAUUUGGCCCUCCGGGUGCUGCUGACUGUGCGAGAUUGGAUCUAAGCGUGGCAAAGUGGGACACUUGGAAGUACAAGAGGAUUUAAGUUCUAGAGCCAUUCCUGCCCCAAUUCUCCACAAAGCUGGGUGGCCCAAACUGGGCCCGGCAGUCACGCAAGAUGGCCGCCUUGAAACGGAACCGAAAGCAAGCCUGGCCGGAGGAAGAGGGCGACCGGGAGCAUGGCCUCUAUAGCUUGCACCGCAUGUUUGAUAUUGUGGGCACGCACCUGACCCAUCGGGACGUCCGGGUCCUGUCCUUCCUCUUUGUGGACGUGAUUGACGACUACGAGCGGGGGAUGAUCCGCAGCGGCCGGGACUUUCUGCUGGCUCUGGAGAGGCAGGGCCGCUGCGACGAGACUAACUUCCGCCAGGUGUUGCAGCUGCUGAGGAUCAUCACCCGCCACGACUUGUUGCCCUAUGUCACUUUGAAGAGGAGGAGGGCGGUGUGCCCAGAUCUCGUAGACAAGUACCUCGAAGAGACUUCCAUUCGCUACGUGACACCACGGGCGCACAGCAAUGUGGAACACGCUCCUGCUCACCAACACAAAUCAGUGCCUCCCCAUCACCCGCUGGUCUGCUGCUCCUCUUCAGGUCCCCAGAUUUGUACCAAGAGGUCUGGUCGGGGAAGAGCCCUCCUUGGUAACCAGCGGAAAAGAAGGAAGUCCGUGACUCCAGACCCUAAAGACAAACAGACGUGUGACAUCCGUCUCCGAGUCCGAGCCGAGUAUUGCCAGCACGAGACAGCCCUGGAGGGGAAUGUCUUCUCCAACAAGCAGGACCCCCUGGAACGGCAGUUCGAGCGCUUCAGCCAGGCCAACACGAUCUUGAAAUCCCGGGACCUGGGCUCCAUCAUCUGUGACAUAAAGUUCUCAGAGCUCACUUACCUCGACGCCUUCUGGCGCGACUACAUCAACGGCUCCUUGCUGGAGGCCCUGAAAGGCGUCUUUAUCACAGACUCGCUCAAGCAAGCGGUGGGCCACGAGGCCAUCAAGCUCCUGGUCAACGUGGACGAAGAGGAUUAUGAGGUGGGCCGCCAGAAACUCCUGAGGAACUUGAUGCUCCAGACAGCCCCUUGAGCCCCCGCCCACCCAUUUUUUUUUCAUCUGCCUCUUCUUUGGAAUGGAGUUGGGUUUUUUGUUUUUUCCUUUUAAAAAAGUGGGGGGAAAUUCUCUUAAGGAGUGAAAUCCUGAACAACUGUAAGACCUGCCAAUGUGGAAAUCAGUGUGGUUGAUUUUCUCCCGCCAGUUGGGGGAAACGAAAUGGGAGGCAGGAAAAAUGCUGAGAAGUUGGUCUUGGGCCCCUCUUUGCGAGGUCAUUGGAGGGGGCCAUUCCCUGUAGCCCAGGAGAGCAUUUUUGGCUGUCGCUGGGUGCUCCCCAGGUUUGCUGUCCUUCCUUACCACAUUCUCUCUUGUGCUGUCCACUUCUACUACGACUUUUUUUGGUUGUCUCCAAAAAUUAAGACUAUCCCAUGGCGCACCGAGCCGUUGCCCAGAAAAGUUUAACUGGGUGUAGCCUGACCCAGAAAACGAGACUUUAGCUUGUCUCUUUAUAUUAAAAAAAAAAGAAUCCAAAUGUAGCCGUUCUUGUGAUGGGAGCAUCUCAUGCCAGUGUUUUCUUUCAAAGCUGUGAGUUGGGGUGGGGCGGGGGAGGAGUUUGGCGUCUUGGACUAUGAGAACCGGAACGAUGCUCUUAAUGUAAACCAAAUCCGUCCACCCACCUCCAUGAUGUAGCAUUGUCUUUAAGAUGGCUGCGAGUCCGGCUGGUUGGAUUUAUGAACUGUUAUGCAAUUGAACUGAGGGGGGUGGAGGGGGGAGGGCCCCCUCUGGAAGGAAGUCGCUUGUUUGGGGGAUGUGUGAGGGUCCAUUGUGCAAGGUGAUGAAGAGACCUAUUGACCUCAGCUCCUGUCUUCUUUGAAAUCGGCGGGGGAAGUCUUUAUUUUCGGGCCUCCUAAGCAGCCUCCUCCAAACCCAGCUAGCUAAACUAAGUUGAAAAUGGGGCCUGGGUGUUCUCCCUCCGGUCCCCCUGCACCUAGCACUUGCCCUUGCCCAGGCGUCCUGAGUGAGGAGCGCUUUCGGGCCCUUUUCUGAUCCACUGCGUGUGCCUUUCCCUCAACCUUUCCGGGAGAGGGAGCGUCUGCCUCCAAAGAUGACCGAGAAAGGAAAUUCUCCUCUGGAUCUUCUUCUCUCCUCCUGAGCUGCGGGGAGCCCCAGGACCAUCUCAGCCCUACAUGAGGCUGUGGGGUUUACAGGAUUGGGGAACAACGAGGAAUGUACCAAUGGUCAUGUCAGAUCAAAGGCAGGAUGGCAAGAAGUCCAGGCCUGGAAAUCAAUAAACCUGGAUCAUCUCAUCUCCUCCUUGCUUGCUGUUUUGCCUGCAUCCCUCUCCCAGCUGAGAUUCCUCAUCCAGUUUCCUGACAUGGAUUUGCCUCCGGUCUGGCUCCCCGUAAAGGGCUUUGGAAGCCAAUCAAAAAGUUCUUAUAGGGGGGCGGGAUAAGGGGGAGAAGAGAUGGAUCUUGGUUUCCUGACUUCCAUUACGUUGGUGGUGUUAAGUAUCAUGGCAGCUGCUUCUCAUGUUCCUUUUAAAGGCUGUCGGAGCUUCCCAGGGUGGGGGUGGGUUGAAUACCCUCAGCAGAGAGUGGGGAAGAUAAAGGCAGACAGAAUCCUGCGUAGGGCAGACACGUUGGAGUUGUAAAAGCUCAGGAGCUAUUGGGUCACAUGCAGAUGGUUUUGUAAUUUUGGGGGAGCUAAAGGGGCACUGUUACGUUUUGGUAACAUUGAUGUGUUGGAGUUGCCUCAUCCCUAUCCAAAACACAUAUAUGUGUGUGUGAGUGUGUGUUUCCUUAGCACUUCAUCCUGGAACAGUGAGAAUCAUUUUUUGUUCAGUGCUGGGAGACACGUGAAGUUGCUUUGGGCUCCGGUGGCAGAGAAGGGAGAUGCCAAUACUUGACAACAAUAACAUGAAGCUGUGGCAGGGAGAGAGGAAGCAACAUCAAGAAUCCACAUGAAUCUUCCUAUGGGAUUUUUCCCCCUAAAUCACCUUUGUUUCUGAAUUUGUUCUUCAGUUUGUUGCCUACGUGUCUUGCAUUGGUUUCUUUCUGGAUCAAAUUAAAUGAUCUGGAAGCACCUUGAAGCGACCUUUGGUUUGGGUAGCUACCCAAGGGUUGGCUGAAGGCCCAGUGGCCAUGCUAGAAGUACUCUGUCUCGGGGCAAAAAUCUUCUGUGAGUGUCUCCCCACCCCACCCCUGCUAAAGCCACCUUCCAUUUGGUACAAAUGAUAGUUUUCUCUUUCCCACUUAAUGACCUGGCAAACUCCAGUUAAAGGUGGCACCAAAUGGGAAUUCCAACUGAGGGCCAGUUCAUAUGGUCAGUGGAAAUAAGUAACACUUGUUUUCCAGACUCUACAGUUUCACCCCAUCCUGUAGUGGGGAGUAUCAACUACAUAAUUGCUUCCCUAUGAAAAGCUCCUCACACAUGGAAAAGAAGGGGCAUUUUUAGUAGCUUCCUGUACUUGGAGUGCUGCUUGUUUCUUCUCUGCUGUAAACCUGUCAGAAAUAACUUUUUAAUUUUUUUAAGAAGUCUUAACAAAAAUGAACUUAAGACAGAGGUUCCAGGUUACCCCUCAUCCUUGCUGUGCCAGGCAUUUGCGUGGCAUGCAUUCAACUAAUGCAGCCCUGUCCACUUGCAGCCCAAAUUGGUACAGUUUGUGGAAAGCUUUACUGUCUGGCUGACCAUAUAAACCGGCCCUGAUGCAGCGUGCUUCUGGCAAGCUUGAAACGACAGAGAGCCAGCCGCCUUCUGCUUUGGGACAAAGCCCUGCAUUUGCGUGAGCACCUGGCGACUCUCGUCUUCUCUUGCGUGUUUCCAAGUGUGCAAAAGCACCUCCCUUCUUCCAGUGUGCACACGGGGGCGCACAUACACACAAUUACUCCUGUCAAUUCUGGCACAAUUUGUGUAAAAUCCGUGGCUUCUGUAUUUUUUUUUAAAAGGAACUUCCAGUAUAACUGGUCAUAAUCCCAGUGUAGCUUUGUUUUCUCAAAAUAAAAAACCCUGC